CCGAAGAGUCGAAGACUAUCGGCGAUAUCUUCAGGGUGUUUGGGCCUAUCUAGAGAUAGUUUGGGUUUCUGCUGUCGGCACGAUCACAUGGGUCAACAUGAAGAGGGCAUGGCGGGGAAUGUGACAUCGCCAAAUGCAGGGUGGCUGUCGGUGUUAUUCAGUGAUAACGGUUCACCGGAGGACAUAGAGGACAGCCAAUCCUGCGGCCAAUUGUUCUGGGCAACUAGCGCGCCAUCAGCAGAACAAGCAGAAUGCAGUGCGGAAGGCGAUAACCAUAAAGGAGAGGUGGCAGAUGCGAACAAGAAGGAGUCCACAGUAAAUGGGCGAAAGCGAGAUCGAGAUGAAUCGCAUAGCACAGCUAGCUGCAAAGCAAGCCGGGAGAAGAUGCGCAGAGACCGGCUGAAUGAGAGGUUCACCGAACUCAGUGCGCUCCUGGAGCCAGGCAGACAGCCGAAGACGGACAAAGCCACCAUCCUUGUGGAUGCAAUCCGCAUUGUGACGCAGUUGCGUAACGAAACGGCGCAACUGAAGGAAACUAACCGACAACUGUCUGAGAGCAUCAAGGAGCUGAAAUCUGAGAAGAACGAGCUGAGAGACGAAAAGGCGAGGUUGAAGAUGGAGAAGGACAGGCUAGAAAUGCACAUGAAGUCUAUGGUCCCUGCCUCCUAUCUAACUCAUCCAGCUGCUGCGGCGUUGGCCACCUCGCACGGCCCGAAAGUAGGCUCGACAGGUGCUCCCCCCUUUACGCCUGGCUUUAUGUGGCAGUGGAUUCCACCUUCCGCAUUGGAUACGUCACAUGACGGUCUACUGAGGCCCCCAGUUGCAUAAACUCCCCCUGACGUCAGCGUACCGAUUGCUCAGGGACUUCCCCCCCCCCCCCCCCCCCCCCCCCCCCCCCCCCCCCCCCCCCCCCCGUACUUGAGCUCGUCUCCGGCACCGUUGGUUCGACCGACUGUCCACUGUGCGCUUUCUUAUGCCUCUGGCAGUAGGCAAUCGGCGAACGCUCGCUCAUGGAGCAGUCUGCCGCCGAGAAUAACGCUUCUGCUGCCGUGCAGAUUUUGGCAUCGCCUUUCCCAUCCCGAGUGUUUGUCUCUCACUCUUUGUAGUCGCGUUUGCGUGUCUGUCGUUUGCAUGUCUGUCGUUGCCAGAUUUAGAACGCAUAAACUCACACAGCAUAACUAUUGUGGGGCAGUGUGUCCGGAAUCUCCACAGAUAUGCUGCAACUGGCUGAUGGUACAGAAAUUCGGCCAUAACGUCAUUGGGACGACAAAUGGAAGUGGCGGCGGCGUAUCCCAUAACUUUUGACUUUGAGGUGUGGGAAUGGCGGGUCAAAGAAAGGACACAAAGAAACGUUGGAGGGAAGAACGGAGUGGAUUCGGCCGUAGGGUUGUGUGUGUUUGAUGCUUCUUCGUCUUCGUUGACCUGUGAUCGUGAUUGGAAUUCCUUUUUGUUCGUUCUGCGUACGUUUGCUUUUGGCUUUUCGCCCCUCCCCCUUCCCCCCCCCCCCCCCCCCCCCCCCCCACAACCCGACCGCUCUCUUAGCAUGCGACGUCGUCUAGCUACAGAUAUCUUUUUUUUUUUUUUUUUUUUUUUUUUUUUUUCAUUCUUUGGUGACAUCCUCUAGCUACAGAUUUACUGAUAUCUUAUUGGUGGAAGCAAUGAAAGGUUGGCAAGUGCGAGGAUUAACCUAUGGAUGGGCGGCAAAGAGCCAUCCAUGGGGAUCAUCAAGUCACCUCGACGACCAGCUCUGUGUCCUUGUACCUUUCACAGAGGCUUUGCAGAGUUCGACAGGAGUGAGUGGCACUUUUGUACUUUUGUAUAGUACAGUGUAAAAGCCUACUAAAGGUAUUUUGCUUUGAAUGUUCCUGUGACCAAAAUACCUUUUAAAUUUUAAAAGGUAUUUUGCACCGACCAC